AUGAGAUUCACCGCCCUUACUUCCGUUGCGAUCCUUGCAGCCACUGCUCUUGCGGCACCGGCCAUCCAGAGAGAGGAGAAACGGGCUUUCGUCACUGACGAGCUUGAUCCUCGCGCGUUUGUCACCGAAGACAAACGCGAGUUUGUGACUGAGCCAGAGAGACGCUCCUUUGUUACAGAGGACAAGCGAGGAUUUGUCACUGAGGAGAAGCGUGGUUUCGUCACCGAAGAUGAAAUGGAGAAGAGAGGUUUCGUCACCGAGCCCGAUAUGAACAAGCGUGGCUUCGUGACGGAGCCAGAGAAGAGGUCUUUUGUCACUGAGGACAAGCGCAGCUUCGUGACCGAAUCCGAGAAGCGCGGCUUCGUCACUGAGGAUAAGCGCAGCUAUGUCACUGAGCCAGAGAAGCGCGGCUUCGUCACUGAGGAUAAGAGAAGCUUUGUCACGGAGCCCGAGAAGCGCGGCUUCGUCACUGAGGAUAAGCGCAGCUUCGUGACUGAACCCGAGAAGCGCGCCUUCGUCACUGAGGAUAAAAGAAGCUUUGUCACGGAGCCCGAGAAGCGCGGUUUCGUCACUGAAGAGAGGAGGGGCUUCGUCUCUGAGCCUGAGAAGAGAUCCUUCAUUACAGAGAAGCGUGGCUUUGUCACCGAGGACAAGCGUAGCUUUGUUACGGAGCCUGAGAAGAGAUCUUUCGUCACUGAAGACAAGCGCGGCUUUGUUACCGAGCCUGAGAAGCGUGGAUUUGUCACUGAGGAGAAGCGCUCUUUCAUCACUGAGCCCAACAAGAGAGGCUUUGUCACCGAGGACAAGCGUGCCUUCGUUACUGACGAGGACAUGGAGUAA